GUUCGCAACAGCUGUAUGGCAGACCACAAAGCUCGGUUCCAACUUUGUGCAAUAAAAAAAUGACUUUUGUCUCAAAAGGUAACCAUUUGCAUGUGCUCGCCAUCAACAGUCCUUCAGGCCAGCCUGCACCCAGCAGGUAACACCCACUCUUGUCUCCUCGCCAACAACUACAUAAAGCAUUAACCUGCCAGCCCUAAUCGUGUCAUCCCACUAGCCGUUGUCUGAGUUCUCUGUGUUGCUCGCCUCCUUGCCAUUCUUUCUUUUUGCGCCUCCACACAUUGGUUUUCUCAUCUUGCAGCAAGAUAAUUUAUUUAUCACAAUGGAGGCGUUGAAGAUGAGAGUAUUUUUGGCUAUCAUGGUUGUGCUUAUGGCCGUUUCAGCAGUCCAAGAUGUAGCAGCAGCAGAUGCCCCUGCUCCUAGCCCUACCUCUGAUGCCACUACUUUUGUACCAGCUGCUUUUGCUUCUCUUGUUGCUCUUGCAUUUGGGCUUCUUUUCUGAAUGUAAGAUUAUGCAUUAUUUAUUGUUUUUUUUUUCUCUCUUUUUGGCAUGGUAUAUGCUCAUUUAUUUGUUUGAAGCCCUUUCGUCCCAAACAGUACAGGGAUUUGUUUGCAUGGAUGAGAAUUGAGGGACGGGGAUAUAUGAGAGUGUUUUACUUGGGAUUUUCAUUGUUCUUGAUCUUUAUGACGAAUUGAUCAAAAAGAUUCAGAUUGUUGUAACCAAUUAUUAUUUUGUAUUAUAAUUGAUUUGAUUUAUUUGUUUGUGGCUUCAA